AUGAUAGAUGGCCAGGUUAUUCGUGGCAGAGAAAAUUCUGCUAGGGAUGUAGGCGAGGGUCCAGGUGGUGCUCGCAUGCUGUUGAUGCUUUCUCUGAAAUUUGGCCUCAUUCCAAUUAUUGUACCUGUUGGUGUUCGAGAUUUUGACAUUGAUGGCGAACUUUGGGUAAAAUUACGGCUAAUACCAACAGAACCUUGGGUUGGAGCUGUUUCAUGGGCUUUUGUUUCACUUCCAAAGAUCAAGUUUGAACUAUCUCCAUUCCGUCUGUUCAAUUUAAUGGGAAAAGCUGUUGGUCCAGUUGCUGACGAUGUUAAAUCUGGAGAAAUGCAAGAAGGAAGCAAAGAUUCUGUGGGUGAACUAUCUGUUACACUGGUGGAUGCUCGAAAGCUUUCUUAUCUUUUCUAUGGCAAAACUGAUCCUUAUGUUGUUCUUAGCCUUGGUAAUCAAGUUAUACGCAGCAAAAAGAACAGUCAAACAACUGUAAUUGGACCCCCAGGAAUGCCAAUUUGGAAUCAGGAUUUUCAUAUGCUUGUUUCCAACCCUAGAAAACAGAAGUUAUUCAUCCAAGUAAAGGACGCUCUAGGAUUUGCAGAUUUGACUAUUGGUGCAGGAGAGGUUGAUUUGGGAUCUCUUAAAGACACUGUACCAACAGACAAAAUUGUGGUUUUACAAGGAGGUUGGGGAUUUUUAGGAAAGCGCUCCUGUGGGGAGAUAUUACUUCGGCUAACAUAUAAAGCAUAUGUGGAGGAUGAGGAAGAUGAUAAAAUUGAGAUGGACUCCAUUUAUACUGAUGUUUCUGAUGACGAAUUGUCUGAUUCAGAAGCAAAUGUCACUGACGAGAGGGAUGAAAGAAAUUCUGUGUAUGAAAUAGAUAAAGAGUCAUUUAUGGAUGUUUUAGCAGCAUUAAUUGUUAGCGAAGAAUUUCAGGGGAUAGUAGCAUCUGAAACAGGGUUUGGCAAAGUUUUGGAUAAUGGCUCAUCUGCUGGAUCCAAAGCGUCAAAGUCUACGAUUCCCAAGGCUGAACCAAUUCCUUCUAGUUCUGAUAAUUCUGAAGGCUCUGGAGGGUCAGCAUUACUUUGGCUUGCUGUGAUUGCUAGCAUAUCACUACUAAUUGCUUUGAAUGUUGGGGGAUCCAGUCUUUUCAAUCCUUAA